AUGAGUUUUCAAGAGUUCUCAGAAUGGAGAGUUCAUAAGAUAGGUGAAAAGCUGUUUUACGGAUCAGUUGGAAAUACUAGCAAUCCAGACUUCUUCAAGUUCUGUCUUGCAGCAAAAUUCGAACAACCUUUAGUUGCAGAUUUCAGAUCAGAGGAUGUAAAUCAGCAAGCAUUGAAGCAAGGACUUGUUGUCAGGACAGGUAUCGACGUUUUUACUACUGUUUUGCAACUUCUGAAGAACUCCACGUCUCUUCUCCAGCUUUCUUUGACCGACCACAACUUAAUCGUUGAUUGUACGCUUUUUGACAACAUAGCUUUAAGGUUGGCUACAGAGACAGCAGGUGUUGAUAUUAACGGCUCGUUAGAAAUUCAACAAUCCAUUGUCGAAUCGUUGUCGUGCGCUCUAACCGUGCAAACCGGUAUCGUCGACCACCUACACAAAACUGUAAUACAGAAGGAUCAAGCACUCGCCUUUUUGGCCGCAAGCAUUAAAGAUCUGGGUUUCACAGAUGUGAUCCGCCGGUGGGCACCCGCGAAUUCGUUAAAUGAGAAGAUCUUGAAAAGUUUUGAUUUUGAAGAGUGGUUGAAGCAAUGGAGCUCCAUCCCAGAUGCUUCCAGCAAGAGCCAACGACCGGCUGGGCAAACGAAUGCUUUCCAAGACCUGAUGCUGAAAAAAGUUACGUUCGAUCGAGAGCAUUGUGUAGAUUCGCCAGAAAAUGCAACGGGGACCUCUUUUGUCGGUGACGAUUUCGGUUCUUUCCACUCCGACACUCAAAACAGCGACUUGUCCAGAGUUCAUCCUGAGGAUCCAAAAGAGAAUCAUGGCCAAGCAGUGAAAAUAGAGGAAUUGAAUCAGGAUCUGUCUGUUAGUGGUUCUGAGAAUCAUUCUGAGAUCAGAACAUCUGCUUCGACAAAAGAGCAAAGUGCAGACCGUCAACAGACCCCGUUUAGUGAUUUUGCCAAAUCAUCUUCACCUGAAUCCGCUGUUGACCGUUCUCCGAGUAAGAAAAAACGUAAAUUCGGCAGGGUUCGCGUGGAUUAG